UAAUUGGCUCAAGUAGUGGCAGGAAACCCUGACGCAUUUGUUGUCUGGUUUCACAAUAAUAUUGAUGGCACACGUGUUAGGAACUGGUUUAAGUGCUUUAUAUAUCUUAACUCCUGAGUCCUCAGAAAAUCCUAAGAGGAAAGAUACUCGUAUUAGCCAUUUUACAGAUGAAGAAACGGAGGGACAGAGAGGAGGUGACUUGUGCAGUCACAGAGCUAGUGAGUCGUGUGGUUCCAGAACCCAUGUUCUUAGUCACUGUACUUUAUUGUCUCUAAAAGAGGGAGGAGCUGAGGCCCAGGGAGGGGAAAGGGCAGGCCCGGGCACUUGGCCAGGCAGCAGGGAUGGGGGCCUAGGCUUCUUAUCUGCAGGCUCAGGGCUCUUCCCUCCACAGCCCUCCACCUCUGUCCUCACCCAGCCUCCCCUCAGAGUUAACAGUUGCCUGGCUUCGCCCUUGGCCUGUAGCUCCAGCCCAAAGAGGCUGUGUCCACAUUCCCUGGCUGCUAUCCAGCCUGCAGGAGCUGAGACAACAAAGUCCAGUGACUGUGAGGGCUGAGCAGAGGCCGCCGGAGGGGAGGAAGCAGCAGGAGCCACUAAGCAGAGGGGACUCUCCAGCUCCCAGAUGCUCGGGCUCCUGGGGACCACGACUCUCGUGGGCUUGAUCGCAGGCGCUGCUCUGGCCGUUCUGCUGCUGCUGCUGGUGCUGGCCACCUGCCUGCACGGUGGACAGCAGGACCAUGAUGUGGAGAUGAACCGUCCAGCUGUAAGGAGACACCGAGUUCGGCAGACCCGGCCUUGGUUCUUCCCAGCCCGGGGCCGCCUGGGACACUUUCACCAUCCCCACCAUCCCCACUAUCCGGGCCAUGGGCCUCACAUGCACCAUGCGGGACUGCACCACCAGCAUCUGCACCACCACCACCGCCCCCACCAGACCCACCUCCACACCCACCGAGGCCGCCGCUGAUGCCUGAGGACGGCAGCCACUGCCUGCCCUGCCGCCUCCAGGAUGAGUGGACCCCAUGUUCCGGUGCAGAAGGGCACCUCUCUGUGUGAACACGGGACUGCGCCGCGGUCCUGCUUGGGCUUCAUUUGCAUACGGUGCCCCAGUGAGCUGUGGAGCAGAGGACAGGAUGGAGGAACACCUGGGGUGGCCCUGCUCAUGCUGCAGGGCGAGGAGGGUGAGAGCAGGGGUGAUCUGUGGGGGAUGGACGCCACCUUGCGACUGUAACUUCCAGUGGGCACCUGCAGUGCCCCCGUGCACGCUGAUGCGUGGAAGAUGUGCUGUGCUCUCUCUGAAGUGCUCCCCUCUGACAUCCUCCCCUCUGGCUUGGGGGUGGGGGUAGCUGGGAGGGGCCCUGGCAAUGCCCUUUCAUUUGGACAAGGCAGGAUGAGGCUGCACAGUUAAUUCACGGGUGUCUGAAUACAAAAAUAAAAAUAAAAACCACCAAGAAGCUUUGUGAA